AUGUUUAAGUCAUCGAUACGUAGGCUUGCAACUGAGGCCACAUCAAGUACUACUUCAAGCACAGCAUUUAAUAUUUCUAAACCACCAUCAUAUACUUUAGCACAAUUACGUUCAUUUCCAUCAUUAGAACCAACUAAAUUUUUACCAUUACCAACAACAUUUUUUAAUACAGAAUCACCACUUCGUAGAGAUAUUUUAUGGAGUUCAGUAGUUUAUGAAGCUGAUAAAUCACGUAUUGGAUCAAAUUAUGUUGUUUUAAAAUCUGAUUCACCUUAUUCAAAUCGUAAAUUACGUCGUCAAAAAGGUAGUGGUAUGGCAAGAUUGGGUGAUCGUAAUUCACCACAUAUGGAUAAUGAAAUUAAAGCUCAUGCAAUUAAAGGACCACAUGAUUGGAGUACUGAAUUACCUAAAAAAAUUUAUGAUUUGGGAUUUAAAAAUGCAUUUACAAAUCAUUAUAAAUUGGGGAAUUUAAAUAUUAUUGAAAAUGAUUUAAAUUUUAAAUUUAAUUAUGAUAUAAUUACUCAAAUGUUUAUUAGUACUCAUCAAUUAAAUGGGAAAAAUUUAUUAUUUAUUGUUGAUGAUGAAAGAAUUAAUUUAAAUAAUUCAAUUAAUGAAUUUUUCACUAGCCAAAAGAAAUUAAAUCUGUUGAGUAAAAAAGAAAAACCUAAAUAUUUAAGUAAAUUAAAAGGUAAAGUUAUCAAAAAAGAAGAUGUUGAAGUUAGAGAUAUCUUAAGAGCUGAUAAAGUUUUCAUUGAAUUACCUGCUUUACAAUGGUUCAUUACUGAAUAUGGUCAGGAAUAG